ACACCCAGCAAGAAAUAGCAUUCUUUAAGCAGUGGAUUUUAAUUGUAGAAAAAAGAGUCCCAGAGCUGGAAGCGGAAAAGAAAGUUGCUGCUGCUGCGAGAACUUUUAAGGAAGCUGCAAGAAUAGCUGCCGAGGCAAAGUCAUAGAGUGUUGAAAAUGAAGGCAUACAAAUUGACAUGGAAAGUGCUAUCUUGGGGCUUAAGAAGCUGGAGGAAGAGAUUACAGACACUGUUAACAGGUUGCAGGAGACAGAGAGCUUGAUCUUAUCCAAGGAAAAAGAGGUAGCAAUGGCUAGAUUCCCUAGAUUGCUUUUAAUGGCUGGGGCUGCAACAGCUGAAAGAGCUGCUGCUGCUCUAGAUUUCGGAGACCUUGAAGAAGCUAACCUUCUACUUGCUGAUGCUGAAACAGCAGACUCUGAAGCUAAAAAGCUUCAACCAAUCUACAAUCUCAAGGUGGAAGAGUUUGAAAAUUUACCAAGCCAUUUCAUAUCCAUGGAACUUGUAUCUAACCUUGGGAGAGAACAGCUAGCAGAAGAGGACAGCCCACUAGCACUUGCUCAGGCUUAUGAGACAAGAGAUAAACUUAUGGCAACACAUUCAGAACUGGCUGAAGAGGGGGCUAUUCAGAUAGUAAUAAUAAAAACAACUGGCGAUAAGAUACUAAGCCAACCACUUGCAGACAUAGGUGGGAAGGGCUUAUUCACGAAGGAAAUUGACGAGGCACUCAUAAAUUGUGAAAUUGACAUUGCUGUCCACUCAAUGAAAGACGUGCCAACUUAUUUACCAGAAAAGACAAUUUUACCAUGUAACCUGCAGCGUGAGGAUGUGCGAGAUGCAUUUAUUUCCUUGAGUGCUGCUUCAGUAGCAGAUCUCCCGGCUGGGAGCACUGUUGGUACUGCUUCACUGAGAAGAAAGUCACAGUUACUCCAUAAAUAUCCAUCUCUCAAUGUGCUGGAAAAUUUUCGUGGGAAUGUCCAAACACGAUUGAGAAAGCUAAAUGAGGGUGCAGUUCAAGCAACAUUGUUGGCGCUAGCUGGUCUUAAACGCUUAAAUAUGACAGAAAAUGUGACUUCGAUUCUUUCAACUGAUGAAAUGCUUCCAGCAGUUGCUCAAGGGGCAAUUGGGAUUGCCUGUAGAAGCAAUGAUGAUAAGAUGGCUAAUUACAUAGCCUCAUUGAAUCAUGAGGAAACAAGACUUGCAGUUGCCUCUGAGAGGGCCUUUCUUGAGACCUUGGAUGGAUCUUGCCGCACUCCUAUUGCCGGAUAUGCUUACAAGGAUGAGGAUGGCAAUUGCAUAUUUAAAGGGUUGGUAGCUUCCCCAGAUGGAACCCGUGUACUGGAAACAUCCAGAAAAGGCCUAUAUGCUCAUGAAGAUAUGGUUAUGAUGGGAAAAGAUGCUGGCAAGGAGCUCCUUUCGCGGGCUGGUCCUGGCUUUUUUGGUUAGUAAAGUAGGAAAAACCGUUGAGAAAUGAGAGAAAAUAAAGUCAAAGGCUUCAUGUUUAAGUUUUAGGUGAUUGCUUCCAAUGAGCUUAUUAAUUCUUGGAGCUCAUGUUUGUUGUGACUUUAAUGAGAAUAUUGGUUGAAUUCAUUGUAAACUAGAUGACAAAUCAAUGCUUAUAGUGUUAGAUUGUCUUUUCUGAUGUGAUAA